AUGCAUCAUACUUAUCAAGAUCGAUCAAUCGCUACUUUGAGUGAUUUUGGCUAUACGUUUGUGCCAAUCGAUAGUACAGUUAGUCCAUUUCUUAGUCUUACUCAAGGCACAAUUCUUCUUUGUCAUUCGGAAUGUAAUAAACGAGUCGCCUGUCGAACAUUUGAUUUCGAUCAGGACACAGGUCAAUGUCGGUUAUGGUCAGACGAUUUGACAACAGGUGGUGGUGUGACGAUUGCUGGUUUUUGCAAUGCAACAAUUGGUGGUGGAGCUCAAGGUUUGUCGAGUCCAUGGGGUCUCUAUAUCACAUCGAACAAUACACUCUAUGUGACCGAUUAUGGUACCGGUCGAGUACAAGCUUAUUCAUCGUUUUCUCGCUCUGGUAUAACGAUCGCGGUGAUAAGUGGGAAUGUUGAAGAUGUAGUUGUCGAUAGUAUGGGGUACGUUUACACUGUCGCUAUUACUACUAGUCAGGUGUUUGUUUCACCAUCAAAUACUGCUCUUCCAAUCUCUGUAUCAUAUCCAUGUACUCUGUCGACAAUUUAUGCGCCUUAUGGUGUAGCUGUUGAUAGCUAUGGCAAUAUUUAUAUAUCUGAUUUCUAUUGUCAUGUAGUCACGAAAUGGGCACCGAAUGCAACUAUAGGUAUUGUAGUGGCCGGACAACUAAAUACGGCAGGUAGUAGCAGUCAAUUGCUGAAUGGUCCAAAGUUUAUCUUUCUCGAUGAUGUUCACUCGACACUCUACGUUGUUGAUUAUUACAACAACCGCGUACAGCAAUUCCUCUUAGGUACUAGCAAGACAGGCACCACGGUAGCUGGUGGUAAUGGAACCGGUUCAGGUCUGAAUCAGCUGAAAACUCCAGCGGGAAUUUGGGUAUCUGGCAAGGAUCGAUCGGUCUAUGUGGGUGAUCAGGGCAAUCAUAGAGUCAUGAAAUGGAGUGUUAAUGCGCUUCAAGGUUCCAUCGUCGCUGGUGUUACAGGCGUAAUGGGUAGCACAUCUCUACUUCUUAACACUCCUGGUGAUGUCGCUCUCGAUCCUACAGAAACCUUUAUAUACGUGGCUGACUACGGGAAUCAUCGGGUUCAGCGAUUUCAUUUAUGA